AUGCAGUGCUACACAGAGCUGACGCCGCCGACGGGCGUGACGCACUCCAUCACCCUGCAACUGAUCCCCGGGCAGGGCACCAACCUCGUUGUCGCAAAGUCGUCGCUGCUCCAGGUGUUUCGCACGAAGACUGUUACGACCGAAAUCGACACGUUGCAGACAAAUGGCGCGAGCAAAGGUCGAAGCGCCGCCCGGUACGAGAACCGACUAGCGAACGACGACGACGGCCUCGAAGCCUCUUUCCUGGGCGGCGACAGCCUGGGCUUUCGAGCCGAUCGCACGACUAACACGAAGCUGGUCCUCGUCUACGAGACCCCGUUGGCCGGGACGGUAAUUGGACUCUCCAAGAUCAAAACGUCGACGUCGCGCUCCGGUUGCGAAUCGCUGCUACUGGCCUUUCGCGAUGCAAAGCUUAGUCUGGUCGAGUGGGAUGCAGAACGCAAUGCACUGGGAACUGUGUCGAUUCACUACUACGAACAAGAGGAACUGCAGGGGAGCCCAUGGGCCGCCCCUUUGAGCCACUACGUCAACUUCUUGGUCGCCGAUCCGGGCAGCAGGUGUGCCGCACUCAAGUUCGCCGCCAGGAACCUGGCCAUCCUGCCCUUCAGGCAGGUCGACGAGGACAUCGACAUGGGAGACUGGGAUGAGGAGCUAGAUGGCCCACGGCCGCAGAAGGAUGUGUCGAAUGCUGCCGUCAGUAAUGGAGCUAGCAACAUAGAAGACACACCAUAUUCACCUUCAUUUGUCUUGCGACUCUCCAAUCUUGACCCAAGCCUACUCCAUCCUGUGCACCUGGCCUUCUUGCAUGAAUAUCGAGAACCCACCUUUGGUAUUCUCGCCUCUACCAGCAGCGCUUCAAACGCCCUCGGCCGAAAGGACCAUUACACAUACAUGGUCUUUACCUUAGACUUGCAACAAAAGGCUUCUACCACCAUCCUCUCCGUCAGCGGCCUGCCCCAAGACCUCUAUCGCGUUGUGCCUCUGCCAGCUCCUGUUGGUGGUGCCCUACUCGUCGGCUGUAACGAGCUGAUUCAUAUCGACCAGUCCGGCAAGCCCAAUGGAGUUGCUGUUAAUCCAAUGACAAAACAGUGCACGUCCUUCGGUCUCGCUGACCAAUCUGAUCUUAAUAUUCGCCUUGAGGGCUGCAUCAUCGAUGUGUUGACUCCUGAUUUGGGUGAAUUUCUCAUGAUCCUGAACGAUGGUCGGAUGGUCUUGAUAACAUUCCGCAUCGAUGGCCGCACAGUCUCAGGUCUCGAGCUGAGGCUAGUUCCCCCAGCCUCCGGUGGUACCAUCAUCCCGGGUCGCAUCUCUACCCUUUCGAGGAUUGGCAAGAACGUUAUGUUCGCCGGCUCUGAAGAGGGUGACUCUUUGGUGUUUGGUUGGACCAAGAAGCAGACCCAGGCUGGACGUAGAAAGUCUAAACCGAGAGAUGACGACUUCUACAUGGAUGACUAUGAAGAGGAGGAAGAAGAGGUGGAUGAGGAUGACUUGUAUGGCGAGGAGACCACAUCUCAUCACCAACCCGUAUCAGCGGCCAGCAGCCUGCUUAGCGGCGACCUGAGCUUCCGUAUCCAUGAUCGGUUGAUUAGCAUUGCUCCUAUCCAGUCCAUGACAUAUGGCCAGCCAGUCUGGAUGCCAGGCAGCGAGGAGGAACGCAACUCUAUUGGUGUUCAUGCCGAUUUGCAGUUGGUAUGCGCUGUCGGCCGAGAUAAAUCUUCGUGCCUCGCGACAAUGAACCUGGCUAUUCAACCCAAAGUCAUUGGCCAGUUCGAGUUUUCCGAGGCGAGGGGCUUCUGGACAAUGUGCGCAAAGAAGCCCAUUCCCAAGUCCCUCCAGAGCGAUAAGGGAGUGAGUGUCCUUGGCGGCAAUGACUAUGAUACGGGAGGACAGUAUGACAGGUUCAUGAUUGUCGCCAAGGUUGACCUGGAUGGGUACGAGAAGUCCGACGUGUAUGCUCUGACUGCGGCCGGGUUUGAGGGUCUGUGCGGCACGGAGUUCGAUCCUGCAGCCGGCAUCACGAUAGAAGCGGGUACCAUGGGCAAGGGAAGUCGAAUUGUCCAGAUUCUCAAGUCUGAAGUUCGGUCUUAUGACGGAGACUUUGGACUCAGCCAGAUCGUUCCCAUGAUGGAUGAAGAAACUGGUGCUGAGCCGCGUGCCGUCACUGCUAGUAUCGCUGACCCAUAUCUCCUAAUUAUCCGGGACGACUCGAGCGCGUUCAUUGCCGGCAUCGACAGUAGCAAUGAGCUCGAGGAGCUCCGGAAAGAGGACAAGGUUCUCGUCUCUAGCAAGUGGUUAAGCGGUUGUCUCUACAAUGACAGCACAGCGAUCUUUGCAGAAGAAACUGCCAAGAGCUCGAAACCCACUCAAAGCAUUCUUCUCUUCCUUCUGAGCUCCAGCGGUGCUCUCUACAUCUACCGUCUGCCCGAUCUCUCAAAACCAAUAUAUGUCACUGAUGGCCUGGCAUAUAUACCACCAGCUCUUUCGUCUGACUUCACGGUCAGGAAAGGGACGCCCAAAGAAGCGAUCACUGAAAUCAUGGUGGCUGACCUCGGUGAUACCACGCAUAAAUCGCCUUACCUCAUUCUUCGCCACUCCAACGACGAUUUGACAAUAUACCAGCCAUACCGCUACAAGCUUGGGACUGGACAGGUCUUUUCCAAAACUUUGUUCUUCCAGAAGCUGCCGAACCCAUCCUUCGCAAGAGCUCCAGAAGAAACAGAGCAGGACGAUGUCCCGCCACAACCCCGUCUCCUCUCGAUGCGCAGGUGCAACAAUAUUGCAGGAUAUAGCACAGUUUUCCUUCCUGGACAUUCGCCGAGCUUCAUCUUGAAAUCAGCUAAGUCCAUGCCACGGGUGGUCCCACUGCAGGGUGCUGGUGUGAUCGCGAUGAGCCCCUUCCACACCGAGGGCUGUGAUCAUGGCUUCAUCUACGCCGAUUCCCACAAUAUCGCUCGAGUAACACAAAUACCGGAAGACUGGAGUUAUGCCGAGCUUGGUCUUGCGGUCAAAAAAGUCCCCAUUGGAGAGGAUAUUGCAGCUGUGGCAUACCAUCCCCCACAGCAGUGCUACGUCGUUGGUUGCAACGCUUCUGAACCAUUCGAGCUGCCCAAGGACGAUGAUUACCACAAGGAAUGGGCGCGCGAGAACCUCGUGUUCAAACCUACCCUUGACCGUGGUCUGCUCAAAUUGAUUAGCCCCAUUACCUGGACGGUCAUUGACACGGUACAGUUGGAGCCAUGCGAGACAGUUCUCUGCGUCGAGACCCUGAACCUCGAAGUCUCCGAAUCUACCAACGAGAGAAGGCAGCUCAUUGCCGUUGGGACGGCCCUGACCAAGGGCGAAGACUUGCCCACUAGAGGACGAGUCCACGUUUACGACAUCGCCGACGUCAUCCCCGAGCCGGGCAAGCCCGAGACGAGCAAGAAGCUCAAGCUCAUUGCCAAGGAGGACAUCCCCAGAGGAGCGGUGACUGCUCUGUCGGAGAUCGGCACUCAGGGUUUGAUGCUUGUGGCCCAGGGUCAGAAGUGCAUGGUUCGGGGUCUCAAGGAGGAUGGUACCCUCUUGCCGGUCGCAUUCAUGGACAUGAGCUGCUACGUCACAGCGGCAAAGGAGCUGCCGGGGACUGGAUUGUGCCUGAUGGCAGAUGCCUUUAAGGGCGUCUGGUUUGUCGGUUACACCGAGGAGCCAUACAAGAUGAUGCUAUUCGGGAAAAGCUCAACCAAACUCGAAGUUCUCACCGCUGACUUCUUGCCGGAUGGGAAAGAGCUCUUUAUUGUGGCGUGCGAUGCUGAUGGGCAUAUUCACAUCCUCCAGUUCGAUCCUGAGCAUCCCAAGUCCCUCCAGGGCCACCUCCUCCUGCACCGCACCUCCUUCAAUACAGGCGCCCACAACCCAACUAAAUCCCUUCUCCUCCCAUCUACCCUCCCUACGGACACCCCCUCAACUAUCGACGGCUCCAAUCCUAACACCAACAACACCAACGGCACUCCCAAUGCCUCAAAUCUAGCCCCCUACGACGCAACCGAACGUCCCCACAUCCUCCUCCUCUGCUCUCCAACCGGCCUCAUUGCUGCACUCCGUCCCCUCUCUGAAUCUUCCUACCGUCGCCUCUCCUCCCUCGCCGCACAGCUCGUCAACUCCUUGCCACACGCAGCAGGCCUCAACCCCAAAGGGUAUCGCAUGCCAAGCGCGGAUUGCCCACCUGCCGGUGUCGACGCAAGCGUGGGUAGGAAUAUUGUGGACGGAACGGUCUUGGAGAGGUUUACCGAGUUGGGAAUGGCCCGUAGGGCAGAGUUGGCUGGUAGGGCUGGGUAUGCGGGGAUUGGGGAGGUCAGGGCUGAGUUGGAGGGUGUGUUGGGAUGGGCUGGAUUAGGGUAUUUCUGA